AUGGCGCGAGCCACAAGAAGCUCUGCAGCUAAAGCUGAAACUAUCCAGACAGUGCCAGAGGCCAACCAGAAGCCAAUGCAGCUCUCAAGUCCACCGCCUACUCCAGAGAGAGGCAAUGCGCGAAAGAGGAAAGCAGUGAAAGUCGAAGAUUCUCCGAAAGCUUCGACUAGCAAGGCUCCCGUCACGCCCAAAAGCACAAAACGUGCCAAAAAAUCAACAGUAAAACAAGAAGACAUCAAUGAGCUACCGCACAACCUUGGUGCAAUUCCCGACCUGCCUCCUCAAAAUGAAGAGAGAAAAGGCAAAACUCCAGCAAAGAAGUCCAAGAAGCCUGCAGAGCCGAAGAAGGAAGAUGUUGAUGAUCUUCUUGCUAAAGCCACCAAAACCACUGACGAGUCACCAAAAAAGAAGACAAAGGCUAAGAGUGGAGGCUACGGCCUCACUCCUGGCCUUACCCCGUACCCAAACUAUGCUCAUCCAACAGCCGAAGAGUGUGAAGAGGUCACAAGGCUUCUUUCAAAAGUGCACGGCAAGGUCGAGGCACCCAAGACAAUACCUGCCCCAUCACUCGAGGUCUCCGGGUGUGGAGAAGUACCAUCUGUUCUCGAUGCCCUUAUCCGAACACGCCUCUCAGCAGCAACAUCUGGCACAAACUCAUCACGUGCGUUUGCUGGCCUGGUCUCUAAGUUUGGUAUCCUGAAAGAGGGCGUCGGUAAGGGAAGUGUAGACUGGAACAGGGUGCGUCAAGCGGACCAGAAAGAGGUAUUUGAGGCAAUCAAGAGUGGUGGCUUGGCAGAUGUCAAGAGUAAGGAUAUUAAAAAGAUCCUACAGAUGGUAUGGGAAGAGAAUCAAGCGCGCCGCGAAGAGCUUUUGUCCUCGUCAGACAAAGCCCCCGGCUCAGCGAACGAGGCUGAGGGCGAGAAGCAUGCAGAAGUCGCGAAGGCGGAGCAAAACAUUAUAUCACUAGACCAUCUGCAUUUGCUUUCAAACGACGAUGCAUUCAACGCGCUGACGAAAUACCCCGGCAUCGGCCCAAAGACCGCAUCUUGCGUGCUCCUCUUCUGUCUCCAACGGCCCUCGUUCGCUGUCGAUACACAUGUCUUCCGUCUUUGUAAGUGGUUAGGCUGGGUACCUCCUCCAGGAGAUCCUGCCGGCCUUGCACCAGGCGCAAAAGGCACAUUUGCCGGGCCCACACGGAACUCAACCUAUGCGCAUUGCGAAGUUCGGGUUCCAGACCACCUGAAGUAUCCACUACAUCAACUGCUGAUCAGGCAUGGGAAGACGUGCCCGAGGUGUCGAGCAAUUACUGGGGAGAGCAGUGAAGGAUGGGAUGAGGGCUGCCCGAUCGACCAUCUUGUUCAGAGGACUGGGGGCCGUAAAGACGUUGGCGCAAGUCCGGUCAAAGGAGGAAGCGCGAAGAAGACCAAGGGAAAAAAGAAGAUCGCUGAUGACUAUGAGAGUGACGCAGAAAGUAGCGGAUUGAGCGACGCCGAAAGCAGCAUGUUAAGCGACGUGGUAAGUGACGCGGAGGUAGAGCUGUCCGAGGAAGAGCAGUCGGCUGCCGAGUGA